GUGUAAUUCAAAAUUCAUACCUACAAACCCUACCAAUGUUUUGAGGUUAGAAAAAGGACAGACAAAACAAAAUAGAAAACAGAAUUUUAGUUCAUCAAAGUACAAUUUAUUUUAUAUGAGUUGCUUUGGAUAUAUCUUUUUAAAAUGGCAUUCAGGUGCUUAAAGUUAUUAAGAGUAUUUAGACAGAAUUGUGUAAUACAUCGUAAUUUACCUUCUGUCGCCACCUCCGAAGGGAACAGUAAGUUUUCUAUGACCAAGGAAUAUAGGACAGAAGAUAAUUUAAAAUAUUUCGGUGAUCCAGACACAUUUGGUACCUUGUCCAGAAAAAUUAACUAUGAAGAAGAAGUUACAGACGAAGGGGACAUUCUCGAAGAAAAAUAUAUCCAAAAUGUACCUUUAUCAUCUCAAAAGCUGACAACAAGGCAGUACGCUGAUAUUAUAAAGCAAUAUUUAAGUAACAAGAGAAUCAAAGAAGCAAUUGAUGUAUUGGAGAAGCGAAUACUUAUAGAAGAUAGAGUCAAACCUGAAAAUUAUAUCUACAAUAUUUUGAUUGGAGCUUGUGCAGAUGUGGGUUUCACUAAAAAAGCUUUUAAAUUAUAUAAUGAUAUGAAAAGGAGAGCAAUUCAGCCUACAGGUGAUACUUACACUUGCCUCUUUAAUGCCUGUGCCAAAAGCCCUUUUCCCUCAUAUGGUUUAAAACAAGCUCAAAAUUUAAGAUCACUCAUGCUUGAGAAAAAAAUUGAGCCUAAUAUAACAAACUAUAAUGCUAUGAUUAAAGCAUUUGCUCAUUGUGGAGAUUUAUCAACUGCAUUUGGCAUAGUAGAUGAAAUGAAGUCAAAAAAAAUUAAGAUAAGAAUUCAUACUUUGAAUCAUCUUUUACAUGCAUGCAUAUCUGAUAAAAACAGUGGUUUGAGGCAUGCUCUUGUUGUUUGGAGGAAAAUGUUGAAGUUGAGAGAAAAACCUAAUAUUUAUUCAUUUAAUUUAAUGUUAAAAUGUGUGAAAGAAUGCAAUUUAGGAAGUAAGGAAGAUAUUGAACAAUUAUUAGAAGUCAUCCAUGAACAUUUUAUGUUACAUGGGAAUACUGGAAAUAAACUGUUAUCACAGGAAGUCAAAGAAAUAGAGAAUGCUGAAAUUGGUAUUAAACUAAUACCUUCAGAAAAUAUCCAUGCAUUUGAAGAGAACAAUAAACAUGAAGCUUCAAAAUUAAUAUCAGUAGACGAAAAUAAGGUCCCUGUAAUACAGGCUGGUAUUAAACUAAUAUCUUCAGAAAAUAUCCAUGCAUUUGAAGAGAACAAUAAACAUGAAGCUUCAAAAUUAACAUCAGUAGAUGAAAAUAAGGUCCCUGUAAUACAGGGUAAUGAUGAAAAAAUAUCCUUAAAAUUUAUACAUACUGUGAAUCUACCAGUGCCAUUAACACAAAUAAGGACAGUACCUAAUUUAUUGUCAAAGAAUAUCAAUAUGAACCAAGUAUUGGCAUUACAAGAAGUUCAUACCCUUCAGGACAAAUUUGCCGUUUUGGGCGGUCAAGAUGACUUUUUGAAAGAAAUGGAAGUAUACUCGGUGAAGCCUGACAUCAAAACAUUCACACAAAUGUUACCUUUGAUUGAUGACAAUCAGGAAGCUGAAAUAAGGUUGUUAGAUACUAUGAAGAAGUUAGAAAUAAAGGCUGAUAUAGAUUUUUACAACAUGCUUAUUAAGAAAAGAUGUUUGAGAUCUGAUUAUGUUGGUGCCUUUGAUGUUAAGAACAUUAUCCUAGCAGAAUCCAAAUUCCGAAAGAAGAAAUAUAGACUUAAGAAAAAACUUAGAUUAAAUAUGAAUGUUAUGACAUAUGGUACCUUAGCACUGGCCUGUCGGACUAAGGAGCAGGCAGAAGAAUUACUCAGUGAGAUGAAAGAACAUCAGUUGAAAGUCAACAUAGUAAUUCUAGGAACACUGUUGAGACAAGGCACCACAACCAGCAGCUUUGGGUAUAUACUAUAUGUGAUGAAUGUCGUGAAGCAAGAAAAUAUAAAAGUCAAUGAUAUUUUCCUCAAGCAUUUGGAAGAUUUCAAUGAGAAAUGUGCAUCAAUAAUUCAGAAUCAGCAGAAAACGCAUUCAGAUGUAUUUACCAAAGCAUACAGAAACUUUACAAAAGUAUAUAACGAUUGGUUAAAACAAGUAGACAUUCAAGAGGCUUUGAAACCUGAGCAUCCUUGGGCACAGUUCCAAGAGCCAUAUCCAGAAACAGUCCAAAGAACAAACUUUGAAAUAAAGGAGCCAAAGAAAUUCUAUAAAAGGAAAAGGAGCAAGUAUGUGGCAUAUAAAGCUAUUUAAUAAAACCAUUUUCUGUUAUAA